AUGGCCUGCAGAGACCUGCAGGCCUUUCACUCUCCACCUUCUCCUGCCUCCAGGAGACUUCUGGGCAGGAAGACACAGACCUGUCCAGCCAGGAUCCAGAGGCAUCAUGAAGUGGGCAACAUCCUCCCAGUGGAGGACGGCCCAGCUGACAGGAGGUCAGCCAAGACAAAGAGGAAGGCCACCUCUGACAAAAGCCUGCAGGGAGAAGCAAAGAGGAUGAAGGGAAAGAGCCCAGAGCCUCAUGCUCAGUUAGCAGAGGAAGUUCAGGCUGGAGCAGCUUCACCCAACAGCAACACUGCCCCCUUCUGCUCUGAGCUCCCCAACAGGACUCUCAGCAGAGCUGAAUUUCAGGCCAGAUACUUGCAGACGCAGCCUCUUGGUAAAGGAGGCUUUGGAUCAGUGUUUGCUGGCUUCCGCAUCGCAGACUAUUUGCCUGUUGCUCUUAAACACAUCAGCAGAGAAAAGGUGAUCUGCACACCAAAGCUGCUCAAUGGGAAGCUGUAUCAGUUCCCCCUGGAGGUGGAGCUGCUGUUCCAAGCGGGAGCAGGAGCGGGGCCGUCGGGCAGCAGCGCAGCAGUGACGCUGCUCGACUGGUUUUACAUGGAGCAGCAACUCAUCCUGGUCAUGGAGAGGCCAUUUCCCUCCGUAGACCUUCACCACUACCUCGCUGCCCAAGGCGGCUUCGUGGACGAGAACCAGGCCAAGCUUCUCAUGAGGCAGCUUGUAGACGCUGCCAUCGAAAUCCACACCAAGGGAGUGUUUCACCGUGACCUGAAACCCCGAAACAUCCUCAUGGACAUCAGAUCACAGCUCCCGUGCGUCCGCCUCAUCGACUUCGGCUGUGGCUCCACACUACAUGAAGGAUUCUACACCGAGUACUCAGGAACCUUCUAUUACACCCCACCAGAGUGGUUUAGGUUCAGGCGCUGCAGUGCAGGUCCCACCACAGUGUGGCAGCUGGGGGUGGUGCUCUUUGAGAUGCUCUUCUCUCACAGGCCCUUUAAGACCGAGAGCCAAAUCAUCCACAGCCACCUUGUCUUCGGGGAUGAGGUGUCUCAGGAGUGCCAGCAUUUUUUGAGCCAGUGUCUGGCCAAGAGCCCUGAGUGCCGUCCCACCCUGGAGCAGCUGAGGCUCCACCCCUGGCUGCGUUGA